AUGUUUAGACGCAUCCUUGCACCAAGAUCCGGAAUUUCUGUGAGCAGAAUACUUACAAGGAGGUUUUUGGCCUCUCAAGAACCAGAGAUUAUAUUAAAAGACAAGUUUAGACCAAUGAGAAUCGAUAGAGAGCUACCAGACCCAACUAAAGAUGUCAACAAGAGAAGACUCCAGUUUGUUGGGUUCAUUGUUCUAAUGACCUCAGCAUUGGCUAUGAUUUUUAACUAUGAGAAGACACAGUCUCCGGUUAUUUCCAAUACCCUAUACCAUAUGCGUCGUUCGCCUAAGAUUAGAGAAGUUCUUGGUGAUCAGAUAGAUUUCGAUGGGCUCGUUCCAUGGGUCUCUGGGGAGCUUAAUCAAGUUGCUGGUAAUGUCAAUAUCAAGUUUUACUUGAAGGGUUCCAAGGGUAAGGUCGGUGAAGUUCGAUUAGUUGCAGACAGAGAGAACCAACACCAAGAAUUUUUCAUCCACGAAUGGAGUGUCAAGGUUGAUGACAAGAAAUACGAUCUAUUAGAGGAAAGCGGUGGUGCUAAAACUUUAUAA